GGAUUAAUAGGAUACUCUAAAUUAAAUAUUUUUCUCAUAAAUUAAAAAUGUGCUUUUUUAUAAGAAAAGUUGAUGAAAUGGAUAUUGGCUAAAAUGUUUUUUUUUAGUCUUUUGUUUAUAGGCAGGCAUUCAGACCAGUCUCACUUUAGUUGCACAUUAUCAAGAAAAAUAAAGUGUUCAAGUUAGUUGUGGUUGAGUGCUUUUUCAAUAGGUUCAAAGUACAGACUAGUGGUUGAUGGUUUUUCUGAGUAACUUUACAUACAUUUGAAUUCCUCCAGAUCAACUAAAAUGUUUUAUUUAUUUUUUGUCUAAUUUUCUUUUUUUCUGUUUUUCUCUUAGGUGGAAGCCACAAAAUGUAACAUCUUUGAUCACUUCUUUAAGGGAACAAAACAACUUCCUGACUGAAUCCCUUUCAGACAUGAGUGGGAAAGGCUGUCAGCUCAUGGUGUCUCCGUCCAGAGUGUCCCCACCGCUCAAAAUGACCAGAGGCCACCAGUCCCAGUAUAUCAGAAUGCCGGCAGCUUCUCCUGACCUGGUCAGCCUCGGUUCCUCCUUGGGGAGGCCGGAAGAAGUGAAAGCGGGAAACGGGAACUCUUUUACUGCUGGGAAGCAAAAUGGGAGCCAUGUUGUCUUGCCUGCCCUGAGUCUUCGCAGGCAAGUUUUAAUCAAUGGGAAACAUCUAAGCGGGCCCACCGCAUCUUUAGCCGCCCGUCAGCCUUUGAGUACAACAACCCCAAAACUAUCAAGACUCCUCCCACCUGACAACAGAUCCAGAGAUUGUGAAGUGUCUGGCUCCACUGUGGAUGUAUUUGGAAAGGCAACUGAUGUUAACCUCACUGUGACCAACAGUCCCCUGAGUGUUGCAACAGGCCACCGAUAUACAGCCGAGUAUCAUCCCCCGUCAUCUCAUAAUGUGCCAGCUCCCCAAAGUGAUGGCAGAUCCCUACUGUCCAGAGAAUCCUUGGCAUCCACCACCCUUAGUCUGUUCGAAACACAGUCCAUGUUUAGUGGGAAACAUGACUGGCCAUAUGGUUACCGUGUGCUUCCUCCCCUGGGGUCCCACUGCUCUAACCAAGCCAACGAGGUCUGUGAGCAGUUCAGUCUCUCCCCCGGUGCUGCCAUGUCAGGCACAGCAAGCGCCUCUGCCUCCCUCCCAUCAUACCUAUUUGCAGGUGAGGCUGGAAGCCCCAGACAGGCGUGUGCAAAAAAGAGACCUCUCUCCAUGUCACCUUUGUCGGACCUUAUGGGCAUUGACUUCAACUCUAUCAUACGCACGUCCCCCACCUCCCUCGUGGCAUAUAUUAAUGGUCCCCGCAGUUCACCGGCCUCCUACUCCACCAUCUCACCCAUUCUGUCCGACGGAUACGGUCACUUCCUGGGAGUGAGAGGUCGCUGCAUACCUCAGAAUCACCCCUACAGCUUUCCCGGUUCCUCACAAAUUCCAGCCUCACAGUUCGAAUGUGGCCGGAUGGAGAUGAUCGACGAGGGAAGGGGUCUGGAGAGCCAGAUGGCCAACAUGGUGGUGCAGCAGCAGUGUCUCCCUGAGGAAACUGGGUUUCUGGAAAAGACGACGGACAGCUGUAGCCAACCUAGCAGCGAUGUCCUGUCUCUACAGUCAGAGCCAGCUACACUAUCUACUGUCCAGGAAGACGCUGCUUCACAAGGGCCUCCACCACCCUACCACUCCCACAAGCACGUCUAUCUCUCCAGACAUCAUUGCAAAGCUAAACCUCCCUCCAAAGACUCUGUCACACAGCCCGCUCCAUAUCCUCACAAGUAUGGAAUCAGCUAUUUACCCCAGAUUCCAAUGCUGGAAGAGGAAGAAGGAGAGCUGGAGGACUAUGGUGCCCACAGCUGCCGAUGGAUGGACUGCAGUGCAGUUUAUGACCAAAAGGAGGAGCUGGUGAGGCACAUAGAGAAGCUCCACGUGGACCAACGGAAGACUGAGGAUUUCACCUGCUACUGGGUCGGCUGUCCUCGCAACCUGAAGCCCUUUAAUGCCAGAUACAAGCUGCUCAUCCACAUGAGAGUCCAUUCUGGAGAGAAGCCCAACAAAUGCUCGUUUGAGGGCUGCAAGAAGGCCUUUUCUCGACUUGAAAACCUGAAGAUCCACCUGCGCAGCCACACGGGGGAGAAACCCUAUCUGUGUCAGCACCCAGGAUGCCACAAGGCUUUCAGCAACUCCAGUGACAGAGCCAAACACCAGCGCACACACCUGGACACAAAGCCGUACGCGUGCCAGGUUCCUGGCUGUGGAAAGCGUUACACUGAUCCCAGUUCAUUAAGGAAACAUUUGAAAUCCCACUCGACAAGAGAGCGACAGUUACGCAAGAAGAUGAAACCCUGUGAUGAAGGGAGUCUAGACACACUUACAGAUUGCUUAACUAUCCAACCUCUUCAUCCAAACACUUCCUCUCUGGCAACCCAAGACAACGUAUCUUCUGGUGCCUCUCAUGACUCAUUCUCUGCUGCAGCACACGGACACGACUCCUUCGGCGACCCUCACCUGACUCAUUUGUUCCCCGUGCAAGACGGCCCCAGGUUCGCCGCUCCUUGCCCUCAUCAGCUCUUCUCCGAGGACUUGUGUGGGACUUCCACCUGCCUUCCUCCCAGUGGACCAUUCCUCCAGAACAACUGUUAUAUAAAGCAGUUCAGCCAGGCUCCUGGUGUGGCAGAUCACAGUCCAGGAUUUGACGUUCAAGAGGAAGAAAUCACUGCUAAUCGGGAGCUGCCCAGCGUGGAGUACUACAGUGUUUUGGACCAUGGCUCAAAUUAGCUUUUCUAUGCAGAUGAUUGAGAACUCUCACUGAUGGAUAUCUGUCUAUUGCACUACUUUUUGCCAUAGUUCCUUUUCAAUUCAAUUUUAUUUAUAUAGCCCAAUAUCACAAAGAAAAUUUGUCUCAUUGGGCUUCAUGCUGGCAAUUUUACAGAUGCAGAAAAUUAGUCAUAAAUGUACCAAAGUUGUAGGCAACAUGAUGAAAUAAUCAAAUAUUCUAAGUGAAAUAAAAAAAAAAACAGUUGCACUAUUCUUACUGCAUAAUCAAUGUGCUAGCUUUUUAUUUUUUCCGUUUACUUGUUAGGUUGAGACACGGUUUCUGUACUGUAUGUAGUACUUCAGGUCUGAUGGCAUUUUGCACAAUGUUAGCACUGCAAUCAAAGCAAAGUCUGCUAUGGAUCAUGUUUUUUUUUUUUUUUUCUUAGAGCCUUGUCUUUGUAACUAUAGUAACAAGACACCCUCAUCGUUUCAAUGCAAUAUUCCUGCAUAUCACCUGUUUCUUGAAUAAUGAAAGAGCUGUGAAUGAUCCCGUGCCUGGAUUAUAUUUAUAUUUAUUAGCUGAGAUCAUUCCUUUGACCUCUAAUUGCCUGUUUUCCACAAAUCAACUUGACAACUAGGUACAGUUUUAAUGCUUGAAACUAUGUUGUAUAUUGAUAAACUUCUUAUUUUUCAUCUAAAUUUCAAAAGGCCUUCUUGGCAACAGUGGCUUCGCCCCAACCGUCCUGUUCCAUUUUUCUAUGGACCUGCAAUGGACGUGGGUACAGAUCGGAACUGUUUAAUGGGUUCAUUUUACAGUGGAAAUAUCAAAAUACCAGACCGGACCGUACUUGACCGGAAAUGAGGGUUGUGGUUUGUUUCCCAGGGGGUGCGGUGAGCUUAUUCCAGUGUGCAUCCCAUAGGCAAGACCCUUCAUGCUUCUACCUAACUAUGUAACUUAAGGGGGUCUCCCUGUGCUGGUGUUGUGCCAAGGUAUGUUUUUAUUUUUAUUUUUUUAUUAAAGGUAAUUUUUAUUCAUUAAUUGUAAAAACAUACAAUAUGAACUUGAGUUGUAAACUUUUGUGCCUUUAUUUUCAUGUUUUAAUCUUUUAUUUACCACAUAUUCUACGUAAAACAAGAUUCUGUCUGGCUGCUGCUUAACCUGCCUGCCAGAAUCUGUGCAAUAGAAGCAACAAAUCUUUAAUAAUUGUUACAUGCUUCCAAAACAAAGUCACUUUCAUGAAUUGCGUUUCUUAUUCCAAAUAAGUCAACGUUUUUUUUUGUUUGUUUUUGGUUUUUUUAAACAGAUGAAGCUAUUGUUUAACGUAAAGUAUGUAGGGGAAAACAACUAAAAUUUGACAUUAAACUCCCAAAAGCCUCACAAUAAAGUAUAUCAUGAUCAUCCACCUUCUUUUUAAGCUUUUUAAGACAAAAUAUGAGUGUUACAAAACAAGUCAAUGGUGCCUCAGACUGUUAAUACGCAUUCUGGCAGGGGGAACGUACCUUGGCACAACACCUGUUCCUAGUUCAGAUAAAAUACAGAGUUGUGUCAAGAAUGGGAUGCAGUGUAAAAGUCUCUGGCAAACCAAAUACUAGUAUGGGAAUCGGUGAAAACUGAUUUGGUUAUAGAAUAUGCUAAAGAGUGCACAACAAACAACCAUCACAAGCUUACACAGGAUUAGAUUGUAAUAUUAUUUUCAGCUGUUGCUUUACUAUUAAAUUGCUUGCUUUACACUUGUCACGCAAAAAAGUUAACUAUGAUUUACCAGACAUUUAGCCAUCAAAACAAAUGUUUCUCUCCAUCAGAGAGUUCAUCUGGAUGCCAACAUUAGUGGAAUUUUUGCUGACUAAUCCAAAAAUUUGAAAUAAAACUGACUAGUAUUAACUUUUGAAAUGUAGAGUUGAAACUCAGCAUCACACAGAAGAAUAAUUUACAUGCUCUGGUAAUUGACGGGUCAUGUUUACAAUCCUGUUAUAUUUGGAAACAUGUAUUUUGUGAGAGGUGAGCUGUUCCACUGAGGUUGGAGCUCUUUGAACCAAGAACAAGUGAUGCUCGUGGAUUUGUUUGCCAUAUUCCUCCCAUUAAGUGCCUUGUUAUCUUUCCUGACCUGCUUUGUAGUUUUUCACAGGAACCUAAAUGAAUCACCAUGACUGUAACAUCUGAUGUGAUUUUAUUGCAAAUGUGUUGUACUUGGCUAUUGUGAACGAUAAUCCAAAUAAUUGAUUAGUGAUAUUUAAGUCCA